AUAAUGAUUCAGUCAUCCGUGACCAGUUUAGCUAGUAACAAUAUAUGAAUUUAACCGGAUCGAUACGAUUUCUUCUCGUGGUGCAAGGAUUGCCAUGUUCUGGUUCAGAAUGAGAAGACAAUGGCGAUCAAACAUGGUAUGCCUUGUCUUGGCUUGUCUUGGGUUUGCAAUAAUGGUGUUUUAUUACCGAGUUGAUAAUUUAAACGAAUCUACUCAAGAGAAAAAACGAACUGUGAAUAACGUGAAGGAAUUCCAUAUCCCAAAGAAAUUGGAAAACAUAAAAGAACAAAUCCUGUUACGUCCACACGGGAAACAGCUUAAUACAGAAAACAAGGAUAAACGCUAUUCGCAGGUCAAACAGGACGAAGUCGUAUACGACAUUCUCCGUAAGGAUGGGGGAUUUUUUCUUGAUAUUGGGGCACACGAUGGUCAAUUUUUGUCCAAUACUCUUUGGUUGGAAAGACAGCAUGGCUGGACUGGUCUUCUGAUUGAAGCAAAUCCCGAACUUUGUGAACAAAUCGACAAGUUAAAACGAAAUGCAUGGCGUCUCUGUGCUUGCUUAUCAAGUACCCAGAAGACCGUUUCAUUCAUAAAAGGAGGUGGAGUUGGGGGUAUUGAAGAUAAUAUUGAUGAACAUCACAUGAAAAUGCUGGACAAGAAAAAUAAAGUCACUGUGCCUUGCUACAGUUUGGAGAAGGUAUUGGAUGAUAUCGGAGUCCACCAUAUCGAUUUCUAUUCACUGGAUGUAGAGGGGGCAGAAAUGGUUAUCCUAGAUUCCAUGAAAUCGGGACUAAAAUCUGGUGCCUUCACGGUUGAUGUUUGGGCCAUCGAGUAUAGAGUAUGGGAUGGAGAGAAAAUAGUUGUUGAUAAAUCGAAAGAGAAUCUGAAAGCCUUAAGAGAUUACUUUAAAGCAGUUGGAGGUUAUUUUGAACAUUCGCAGUUGUCAACAGAUGCCAAUAAUAACGAUGGUUAUGCCCUUGACGUGGUCUUUGUCCGUACUACAACAUGGUGUAAAUCGCGGAGUCGUUUGCCUGAUGGGACAGCUUGCCCAGGAAAGGAGAAUGUAUAUGAUAUCAAAGAAUAUCUAAUGGAUCCACAUCCGGAGGGAAACGUGGAAAACGUGGACAAGAUGUAUGCACAGGCAAAACAGGACCAAGUGGUCUAUGACAUAGUAAAAAAGGAAGGCGGGUUUUUCGUUGAUAUUGGUGCACACGACGGACAAUUCUUAUCCAAUUCGUUGUGGCUUGAACGAAAACACAAAUGGGCUGGACUUCUUAUCGAAGCUAAUCCAGAUCUAUGUCAAAAAAUAGAUAAGUUGAAAAGACAUGCUUGGAGGAUGUGUGCGUGUCUCUCUAGUACUAUGAAGUCUGUGUCUUUCAUUAAAGGCGAUACGGUUGGUGGUGUUGAACAACAUGUAGACGAUCAUCACAUGAAAAUGUUAAACAAGCAAAACAAAAUCACUGUCCCUUGUUUUAGUCUGGAGACUGCAUUAGGGGAAAUCAAAACCACCCAUAUCGAUUUCUUUUCACUGGAUGUAGAAGGUGCAGAAAUGGCAGUAUUGGGAUCGCUACAAGAUGGACUGAAAUCUAAGAAGUUUUUUGUAGAUGUUUGGUCAAUUGAAUACAGAGUAUGGGAUGGACAGAAAGUGGUCGUGGAAAAAUCUCUGGAAAAUUUGAAUGCAUUAAGAAAGUAUUUCCAGACACUUGGUGGUUAUAGCGAACAUUCCCAGCUAUCACAUGACGGAAACUUUAAGGACGGAUACGCGCUAGAUGUUGUGUUUGUACGUAACGAGAUGUGGUGUAAGUCACGUGACAAGUUACCAAAUGGCACUGCAUGUGCAAGCUGAAAUGCUUGUCGUGAAUAAUUUGUAGAGUGGCAUAUUCCUGCCCCCCCCCCCCCCCCACCCCCACCCCCACCCCCCUAAAUCCAAGAUCUCAGCUUAUACAUACAUAUCUUUACCAGCAAGUUUUUAUCGUCGCAAAAAUAACUGUUUACUUUCAACUGAUAUGUCCUGAAAGGCCGCCGACUGUACCGAAAUGCUGAAAAUUUAUUCCAUUUAUUCCAUCAGGUGUUAUUUUCAGUAAUUUUACGGAUUGGAAAUACGAACGAAUAUAUUCUUCAAGAUCAACUUUUCAGCCAUGAAAUCUGAAUCCCACGAACAUCAUGUCGAAUUUGAGUAUUAGUGAUUUUAAUUUUGUCUGAAAGUAGGAAAGGUGAAAAAGGAGAGAGAGAGAGAGAGAGAGAGAGAGAGAGAGAGAGAGAGAGAGAGAGAGAGAGAGAGAGAGAGAAUUAUUGAAUUCAUACCAAAUACAUUCAUACUUAUUAUUGUACUUUUAUGGUGUUAUAAAUGCUGGGUGUAAUCAUAUUUUGACCUGGAUACACAUGUUUAGAUUUACCUAAGAUUUGUGUUUGCUUUUAAAAGAAUUUCAAGAAUUCCUUCUGCUCUGUCUUUGUCAGAGUACAUGUGGAGGAAAUGGAUUUUACUUUUCAAAUAUUAGGAAGAAAUACAAUUUUAAUAUCCAUCCUUUUAUAUUUUAUUCGCCACAUCCCAUGACCGUUAUUGACUUCUGUGUCAUUUGUAACCCCCUCCCCCCAUUUUGAAUUUUUUUCUUCUUCUGGGUAUACCUAGUUUUGAUGCAUUGCAACAAUCAUUCUUCAACCCACGAAUUAUUUUAUAAACUUACGGGAAAAUAAACAUCUACACAAUAAUACAUACAUACAUACAUACAUUCACACAUACAUGUACAUACAUACAUACAUACAUACAUACAUACACACAUACAUGUACAUACAUAUAUAUACAUUGAGCAGGGCGUGGAUUGGAAUCUCACAGGAGUUUUUCCUACAUGGACUAUUGUGAUGUAUACAUUUAUACAGAUUCUCAUCUCCACAACAUACAUGUAUCUUGUGCUUCUUUAUUCACAACGAGUUCGAUCUAUAUUGUAUAAUAUAAUACCCCCUCCCUGAUUUUCCCUUUCAGAAUUGGAAUUGACAUCAAUUUUUAACUGGAUAGAUUCAAGUAGUAAAUGUAUAUUGAAUGUAUUUGGACCAAUACAGAUGUAAUAAGUAUAUAUUUUGAACCAUUAUCUUCAGUUAUAGCAUUCUGCGCAGGUCUGCUCAAAAGUCGAGAAACAGCCGACUUCUAGAUCUUAUUCCAAGGGGUUUAUGAAACGUUUGACAAACUUAUGUGAUAAUGUAGAUGAGUCACAUGCUCUAAUACCAAUGUGUUACGUGCUAUAAAAUGUAGUAUAAAAUACUUUUAUUUAUAUAUUUAAUCGCCGAUAUUAAGUAAUAAGAUUCCCGUGCUAUCUUUCCUUGUUGUACAUAUCAAGGCUACCCAGAGGUUCAGAGGGCCUGAGGAUGUGAUUACACACUUUGUGGACUGUGGUGUGUGUUAUUUUUACAUGAAUGAAUGUAACAUUGAGUUAUCAAACAAAAUUCCAUUACCAUUAUACCGCCAGAGGGCGUUUUAUAGCGGUAUACGUGUAUAUGGCGUCUUUAACGGUAUAUUUUUACGUCUUUUGUCUAAAGUGGAUAUUCAAUACUUAAAUGUACCAAAUAAAUCUGUAAGUAUGAUAUUAUGCAUAUCUUCAAUUCAAAUUUUAGUCAUUUUUGCAUUUUAAAAUAAUGUCUUAUCAUGGAAAACAUUGUAUAAAUGCUUGAUCAAUCACUUUGUGUGGUUACAUGUACAUAUCUACAUUAAAGCUGAUUGGUCUAUUGACAAUGA